AUGAGGGGUCUUCAUUUCAUUCGACUAUUCAUUUCCCAUUUCCUAAUUUUUAAAACCUUAUUAGUCACUUGUAAGAACAUUUUGGAUUUUUAUUUUUCGACCCAUGGUUGCGUCAAGCAGAUGACAUCGGAGUUACGCUUUUCCUCAGAGUUGACCCCAGGGAGAGAGCUCAAUCCUCGCUUUAAAGGAAGGAUAAAUUGGGACAGCGUCUCCUUCAGAAACCACCGCAGCUGUGUGUCUACCUGUAGGGACACACGCACAUGCGGCACUAUACAGGAAAGGAUCUCACGCGAGGGGGACUUCAAUGGCGACCGCUUCACGAAAUUUCUCUUACUGCUCUUUUUAGUCACUCUGGUGUAUGCACUGUCGCUGCACCAAAAUGACUCGGCAAAAUGCGUAAAAUUGGGAGAGCCCCAAUUUAGUGGAAGGGCAACCAGGAAAGUGGCCGAAAUGGUCACGAAAAUAAGAGGCGUCCCUUCCAAAAGGCGUUCCCAUAAAGAAGAAAAUGAAAGUAACAAGGGAGAUAUCGCUAUCAGAGCAACCAGCCAGGCAGACCCUCGUAGCUACCCAUUCGGAUGUUCCAAAGAAGACCUUUCCGAAGAACUCAACAUGUAUGAAAUAAAUAGACUAAUCGACUCGUGCAGUUUUUUUGUAAGUAGAAAAAAAGCGUACAUAAUAUUUUACCAUUAUAAUAAUUAUCUAAAGAGGACGUUUCACGACAUGGUUAGUGAAUUAUCCCACCGGUUUGAAGAUCUGUCUUCGAAGCAUGGGAUAUCGGAGCGGGACUGGAAGAAGUAUUGGGCCUUAUGUGAACAGUCAAUUACACACGAACUAACACAUGUUGAUUAUACCUGUACCAAUGGGUUCUACUUUUUUGUGAAGAAGAGAGUAUUCUACUUAGACCUGAGGGAGUUCCUCAUACGCUGCAAGGAUUUUUGGCAUGCCACUAUACACAAAACUCGAGAAAGGUGCCUGCAUCUAUUGACGCAAGCGGAGAAGGAUUGUGAGCCGGUCUGGGUGAAGCACGAUAGCGCCGUCUUCCAAGCGGGUAACCCAACACUUAAAUCAACACUUAAGCGAACAGUUAGCCCGGCAGUUAGCGCGACAAUUAUGCCAAAAAAUAUAACAGAAGGGGCGACGAAAAAAGAAAACAAAAAAUAA